CUGGCUGGGAUCGGUGCAGGGAGAUCCGCUGCUGAACCACCGAACCACGCCCGAGUUGCCGCAGUCUGCAGAUAUCGUGAUCAUCGGAUCGGGUAUGUCCGGAACCGUGGCUGCCAAACACCUCACGGAAACCUGGCCUGCUAAGAAAAUCGUGGUCAUUGAGGCUCGUCUGUUCUGCUCCGGUGCUACGGGUCGCAACGCUGGCCACUGUAAGCCAGACCAGUGGAGAGGGUUUCUGGAGUACGAGCGACAGUUUGGCACGGAGCAGGCCCUGAAGAUCCUGCAGAAUGAACAGCAGACAUGGUCCGAGCUAGUACGCUACAUUCAGGAAAACAAUGUCGAGUGCGAACACUGGACUGGACCCACAUUGGAUGUUCCCAUUACCCCCGAAGCCGCGCGCAAAGCCCGCACAACCUUCGAGCGGUACAAGGCCGCCGGAGGGAAGGUCGAUCAUAUCAAAGUGACCCACGACCCCCAAGAAGCAGCGGAGAUCUCCCAGAUGAAAAAUGCUCAAGCAUGUUACGCGUGGCCGGCGUCCACACUACACCCGUGGAAACUGGCAGCCCAUGUGAUGCGGGAGAACAUUCGGAGAGGCGUCAACCUGCAGACCCAGACCAAAGCUGUCGCUGUCGUUCCUUCUCAGAAAAACCCAGGCCAGUGGGUCGUGAGAACCGAGCGUGGUGACAUUGAGUGCGCACAGGUCGUCCAUGCUACCAAUGCGUAUAGUUCCGCCCUCGAGCCGUCGCUGCGGGGCUUGAUAGCUCCCCGUCCCCAGAUGUGCAAUCGAGUCACGAUCCCGGAGACUGCUACAGAUUUCGCAGGAUUCAAGAACUCCUAUGGUAUUCUCCUUGGCCGGGACGACCUGAUUAGUAUCAAUCCCCGUCUGAAUGGCGACGGCACCGUGCUGUUUGGCGGCAGCAACCCCGGCCAAGGGGAGUUCAUGGAAUGGCUAGACCGGAAUCCGGAGCGGUGCAUUGAUGAUGGUAUGACCGGUCAUGCCGCGAUCAAUAAGGCUGUGCGGGCGUUCGCGAUCGGUGAGGUGGAGGGGUGGACCGCCGAUGAAUUGCAGCAAGAAGAGCCUUACACGCAUGCUUGGAGUGGUAUCAUGGGAAUGAGCGCAGACGGCGUGCCGUUUGUCGGAGAGCUGCCAGGGCUUGCGGGUCAGUGGGUUUGUGCUGGUCACAACGGACAUGGCAUGGCUCGUAUUUUCACCGCUGCAGCAGGCUUGGUGAAGUUGAUGGCUGGGAGUUCGUGGGCUCAGUCGCAGCUGCCUGAGAUUUUCCAAAUCACGGUGGAAAGGGCUGAGCGGUUAAGAGAAGGCUGCAAAGCGUCAGCUGCGGUUGUCGCUCGGAUUUGAACGGAUGCACAAUUCUAAACGCCGCAUAAAAUCUCGUGGUCUGUACAGUUUAGUUGACCCAGUAGAGAUGCACUAGACGUACGAUCUACAAC